AUGGCCAACGGAGCUAUGUCGUCUCGCUCUCACACCCGCUCACCGUCCUCAACCACCCCCACAAAGUUGUGCUCCAAGACAUACAAGAAAGCCUCUCAACUUUACCUCACACGACGGCUCCCCGAAGCUCUAAGAAGUCUUCAGCCGAUUAUUACGCCUUCAAAACCACAGGAGGAUCAGCACACAAAUGGCGAUAAUUCAUCGCCAAUUGCGCCGAUCGCCACAGCCGCUGGCACGUGGAGGAUCAAGGUGUGGAACCUCUACAUCACACUCCUCAGCGCAAUAGUCGACCUCGGUGCAGAGGAGGGAAAUAAACAAUUUGGUCAAAAGGAAUGGAAAUCAAUUGCCUCGCAAGUGAGAGAAGGUGGAAUUUGGGAGACUGUGGUCGAGGUCGGGUACCAGGGCCACGAGGGUUCGGUGGAUGCCGAAGUCGUCUACAACCUUGCUACCCUACUUCUAACUCACUCCUCUUCCCAAUCCCUUAACCAACAGCGCCUUGAGACUUACCUCUCCUCCUAUGGACAACCCAGUUUCGAUCUUACGGAUCGUUUCCAGGAGACGUCAGACGAGUAUCAGCCACGUCCGAUUCGUUCGGGAGGUGGCACCGACACACCCAAGGAUCUGACCGCCAGAGUGAAGAUUAUCGAGCUCUUUACUCUGCACGUCCUCCCCCGCAAUGGUGAAUGGGAAUACUCCACCGAGUUCAUCAACCUAAGCGAAGUUCUGGAUGAAGAGCGCAAGGACCUCUUCCUUCAAACCCUCGAGGGUUUGAGAGAAGAGAAGGAACGGGGCGAGAUGCGCGCAGCCGAAUUACAGCGGGCUAAGGACGAAGAGCUCGAAAGGCAACUAGAGGAAGAGCGCCGCGAAGCAGAAGAAGCGGCGGCCGCCGCCGCCCGACCACAGCCCAAUGGCCACAAGCGCAAUACGAGCGAGGUUGACUAUGGAAUUGAGAAGAGCCGGCCGCAUGGUUCACCCAAGAGCAAAGGUCCCAAAGCAACGGACAAGACGCCGAAUGGCAAGUCUCGGACCUCGCUUUCAUCAUCCAGCUCCAAAAAUGUCAAGAAACAGGAUAAAGCUGAACCCCGCGGUCGUCAAUCGCGGGCCGUGGCCACUGGACUGCGCAACCUCAUGCGCCAUAUCGUUCAGGCUGUGUCGGGGAAUCCCAUGUCAAUAGUGCGCACCUUGCUCUUUGUAAUUGGUAUCCUGAUGGCGAUGAGCCGGCAGGGUGUGCGCGAUCGUGUUCGACGGAUUACGGACGGUGCGUGGCAGAAGAUCAAAGCCACCGCCGGGAUGGGUGUCAAAGUGAGCUAUAUUUGA